AUGGUAUCUCUGGAACAAAGUCACUUGGAGCACUUUAGCACACACGGCUACACAAUACUUUACAAUGCCUUGACCCAUGAGCAAUUGGAAGCACUCUACAAUGAAGCCGACGCCCUUGUCAAUUACCUGAUAUCAGAGGAUUUGGAUAUUAAUACUGAAUUUGGAUGCGUUAUUGAGCCGUUGACAUGCGGCAUUUUGGAUCCGCCAGAAUCGGCUAGUUACAAAACCAAUCCACUAGCAUAUCAACAGCGACGAAAUCAGAUUUUGGAUAACGACAUUGCAUCAGCCUUUAUACUUGGGUCCCUUGCAAAAUGGGCCGCAUCCUUAUUACACGUGGAUCAAGAUGUGGUGUAUCUUAUGAAUGAGCAAUUCAUUGUCAAGCCGCCAAGGACAUCGAACACAUCCCAAUUUAAAUGGCACCAGGAUUCCGAGUAUCUGGAUCAAUCGUUGAGGAAAGAAAGAUCAAUUGCUUGUUGGAUUGCUUUGGAUGAUGUUGAUCAACAUAAUGGCACCAUCCUCUUGGGUGAUCCUGAAAAGGAGCAAGAAGCUACACCUGUAUGCAUACCUGCUGGAUCCAUUGUCUUCAUGUCAGAUCAGCUCUAUCACAAGAGUACCGGCAAUGCAAGUGGAAGAUUCAGAAGAGUGUUUAUGCCCCAGUAUUCCAAAGUUCCAAUGAUAGGAGGGCAUGGUGAUGGUGAUGUUGUUGGAUUGGCAGUGCCAUGUGACCUCUUGCCUUGA